AUGGCUGAAAAUAAACUGGUUAAAAAUAAUUUAGAACAGAAUAUUAAAUUUCCCUCCUAUCUAAAUUUUGACAAGCAAAAAUUGGCUAUUAAUUAUUUGCGUAUUCCUCAACCUGAAGAAUUAAAUAGAGACAUUGAUACUUCAUUAGUAGUGGAAUGGUACAUUUUUGCUCUCAUCAAUAACAUUAUUGAAAAAAAAUUUGAUGGUGAUAAUUUUUCCCUCCUAUUACCGGAAAAAUUACAAGGAUUAUUUCCUAAUUUAACCUUAAAGCAACUUGUUUUUUGGGGAUUAGUAUUGGUUGGUCUCUUUGCGUUUAUCUCUUAUUUUUCUAGUCUCUGGGAGGAAGAGUUAAGAAUUAAAGGAGGGCAUUAUGUCAAAAAUACACUCUUGGAAAAAUUUCGUCAAUUGCCUUUGACCGAAAAAAAGGCCCGACAAAAGGAAAUUAGCACUCUGGUUGAAUUAGAUUCGGGACAAUUUGGUCGUUAUUGA